AUGGCGGAUCCUGUGAACUUGAAACUCGACCACGAGAACCACCUACUACUCGACCAACCACUUCUCCGCCUUCCCUUCGAACUCCUCCGCAAAAACUUCCGCUCCGCUCACUAUGCAGUCGAGCACGACAGCAACUACAUCAAGAACACGCUCAAGGAGACGGCACAGACAGCCAUGAACACCUCUCCGCCCACCGAAGAUGUCCUCAAGUCCAUCGACAGCAUGCUGGCGCGCAUGCGCGGCCUGAAGCGGAAGCUGGCCGGCUUCGAGGAGGAGGAACAACGCCUGUACAGGCACGAAGCCGCGAGGGUGAAGCACCUGGCGGAGAUCUACGGCAUGCACAGUUUCGAUGAUGUCAAGUAUGAGGGCUGGAGCAGGACGCGGCUGGAUCGAAUGCUCGUAGACUAUCUGCUGAGGCAAGGGUAUGGAGAAAGCGCAAGGCUACUGGCCAAGGAUCGGGGGGUCGAGGAGUUGGUUGACGUCGAGACGUUUGAGCAGAUGGCCCGGAUCAGCCAGAGCUUACGGAACGGGAGCGUCACCGAGGCUCUGGCAUGGUGUACGGCGGGUGACACGAAGAAGGAGCUGAGGAAGAUGGACUCCAACCUUGAGUUCAUGCUGCGGUAUCAACAAUACAUCGAGCUCGUGCGACCAUAUACCCCAUCGAAGCUUAACGAAGCCAUAAAACACGCCCAAAAAUGGCUACAUCCUUACCGUCAGACUCACGCCCACGAGGUACGCCAAGCCUGCGGUCUACUCGCUGUUCCACCCUCGCGGGCAUCUGCGUAUCCAGCCUACGCCGCUCUGUACUCGCCCCAGCGCUGGAAUGUGCUCGCCGAUCUCUUCAUAGCGACACACAACAAGCUUCUAUCCUUGCCGUCCAUUCCCAGUUUACACAUGGCGCUCAACUCGGGCCUGUCCGCCCUCAAGACGCCCGCAUGCCACAGCCAAGACUCGCAGCAGACAGCAGAGAACACCACCGUGGCGAGCCUGCAGAACGUCUGCCCGAUCUGCUCCAAGGAGCUGAAUGAGUUGGCGAGGAACGUGCCGUAUGCCCAUCAUGACAAGAGCCACGUGGAGCACGACAUGAUGCUCCUACCCAAUGGACGUGCCUACGCAAAGGAAAGAUUAGAGGACUACGCCAAGAAGACCGGGCUGCUGGAAGGACAAGUCAAAGAUUUGAGGACGGGGGAGGUGUUCGGGGAGGACAGAAUGAGGAGGGUAUACAUCACGUAG